CGCGCGCGGACUACAGUUCCCGGGAUGCCGCGCGGCGGGCGGGCGGUUGGGCGGCCGUGGGGGGCGGUGGCGGUGGCGGUGGCGGUUGCUGCGCGAGAGGACGGCGCUCGCUCGUCGGUGCCGUGGCGGCUGCGGCGGCAGGGCGCGGGCAGGUCGAGGUGAGCGCGGCGCCCCCGCCCGACGGCUCCCGUCGCGGGCAGGAGCCGCUGCCACCGCCGCCGGCCCUCGCCUCGCCCGUGCGCUUCCUGUGGCGGCCGCUGCGCAGCGGGGCGAGGGCCGCCCUCCCCCGUCAGCCGCGGCGGGAGCAGCAUGAGCGGCAGCGGCGGCGCCGCCCGGAGCACAGUGGCGAGGGCACGGCUGGCAGCGCGGCUGCUGGCCGUGCUCAGCUGCGUCCUGACAGCAGAGGCCCAGCUCACAGGAGUCCUAGAUGACUGCUUAUGUGACAUAGAAAGCAUCGAUGACUUCAAUACUUUCAAGAUCUUCCCGAAAAUACAGAAACUGCAAGAGCGUGAUUACUUCAGAUAUUACAAGGUCAAUCUAAAGAGACCAUGCCCAUUCUGGGCUGAUGAUGGCCAUUGCUCUAUCAAAGAUUGUCAUGUAGAGCCUUGUCCAGAGAGCAAAGUACCUGUUGGAAUUAAAGCUGGGAGCGCUAAUAAAUAUUCAAAAGCAGCAAAUAAUUCCAAAGAAUUGGAAGACUGUGAGCAAGCUAACAAACUAGGAGCAGUUAACAGUACCUUAAGUAACCAAAGUAAGGAGGCUUUCAUUGACUGGGCAAGAUACGAUGAUUCACAGGAUCAUUUUUGUGAACUUGAUGAUGAGAGAUCCCCAGAUGCACAGUAUGUGGAUUUGCUGUUGAAUCCAGAACGUUACACUGGAUACAAAGGGCCCUCUGCGUGGAGAGUGUGGAACAGCAUCUAUGAAGAAAACUGCUUCAAGCCUCGAUCUGUCUAUCGUCCUUUAAAUCCACUGGCGCCUGGUAGGGGAGGGGAUGAUGGAGAAUCUUUCUACACAUGGCUAGAAGGUCUUUGCCUUGAGAAAAGAGUGUUUUAUAAACUCAUUUCUGGACUUCAUGCUAGCAUCAACUUGCAUCUGUGUGCAAAUUAUCUUCUUGAAGAAACCUGGGGGAAGCCUCGCUGGGGACCAAAUGUGAAAGAGUUCACUCGCCGCUUUGAUCCUAUUGAAACAAAAGGAGAAGGACCAAGGAGGCUCAAAAACUUAUAUUUUCUAUAUUUGAUAGAGCUGCGUGCUUUGUCAAAGGUUGCACCAUACUUUGAGCGUUCAGUUGUUGACCUUUACACUGGAAAUGGCCAUGAGGAUGCUGAAUCUAAAGCUCUCUUACUAGAUAUCUUCAGGGAUACAAAGUCCUUCCAUAUGCACUUUGAUGAAAAGUCCAUGUUUGCUGGAGAUAAAAAAGGAGCCAAGUCAUUAAAGGAAGAAUUUAGAUUGCAUUUCAAGAACAUAUCCCGCAUAAUGGAUUGUGUUGGAUGUGAUAAAUGCAGAUUGUGGGGCAAACUGCAGACUCAAGGCUUAGGAACUGCUCUGAAGAUUUUAUUUUCUGAAAAAGAAAUACAGAGCCUUCCUGAGAAUAGUCCAUCAAAAGGUUUUCAACUCACACGUCAAGAAAUAGUUGCUCUUGUAAAUGCCUUUGGAAGGCUUUCCACAAGUAUAAAAGAAUUGCAGAAUUUUAAAGUUUUAUUACAACAAACUAGGUAAUGAAGGCCUUUGCACAACCAAUUAAUGAAGAUCAUUUACAUGAUUGCAUUGAGCAGAAGGAACUGAUCCUUUCAGGACUCUUACAAACUGAUCAAAAUUAAAAUCAAAUACCAACUUGAAUAUUUAUGUUUUAACUAGGAAUGGCUGUUAGAAAAGAUAUUUAUGAAUGAAGUAUAUAGUUUUUAAACAUGUAAAUUAUGCUGAUCUGUUUAUUUUUUAAGUUCUCUGCUCACAAUUCUGUUGUCUUGACACUUUCUAAAUUUUCUUUAUUUCCCUGUCUUUCAAAGAUGUUUGUUUUAUGUGAAGUUACUGUACCUCCAUCCUGACUUGGCCUUUCCUGUGAGAGGCGGUUCUUUGCUGCCUCCCCCUCAUGCCCAGUACUGAGCCUCAGUAUUUACUGAGGUGUGGGUACUCUGCUUCUGGCUGUGUAAAAGAAAAACUGAAAAAGGAAAUAAGGCUCUUGUUGAGUUCUGACUUCUUCUUGUAAUUAUGAAGCUUAAAAACAGGGAACUUACUGAGCAGAAAAUGUUAUUUCACACUGAGCUCCUUUGCAUUGUGCUGAUACCAAUAUUUUUUUCCUUAUCUGGUGCUUUUAAAAGGUUCCUUUUCACUUUAAAACCAUCACCUUAUCUCUGAUGCAGUAUAGUUGGAGGUGACUUUUCUUCAGCCCCUUAACUUGGCUACCUGCAUUUGCUUGUGGAGGGGAGGGGGAUGGUUAGUGGUGUGCUGCUAGCAGAAAAGCUUUGCUCAAUCAAGUUUGCAUCUAGCCCCUUUUAUCAUCUUCCAAACUGUAAUUACAAGUUCAGUUUCCAGAAAUUGUGCUUUUAAUGUUUAAAAUAUUAAAAUAGCACAUUCUUCUCUUUGAGCAAUGGAGAGAUUUUCUCUUAAUGGGUUAUGUUUUAUUGCUAUGUUAAAAGGUCAGUGCAAAAAUGUAAGAACUUGUUUUUAUAGUCACUUUUAAAGAACGAUGCUUUUUAAAAUUCAUAAUCAUACUGACAUUUAAUACUGCAUAUUCUAUCUAUGCAAUCCCUAAUUGUACCUUCUUUAAAAGGAUAUUCAGCAUAAUAAAACGGGUAUAUUAAUGAUAUAACUUGCAUAAAAUAAGAAAUUACUUAUUUAUCAUUGUCCAGAAAUGUCAAUGAUAAUUUAUCAUUGUCCAAAAUUCAGAAACAGUACUACUGAUUAGUAGCAAUUAUAUAUUGGUUUAAAUUUAAAGUGAAGUAAUAUUUUUUUUUAAAGGCAUGUUUAAAAGUGAAGGUAGGAGUUAUGAAUGUAGGAAAUGCUGGUACAGUAUAGAUAUAUUUAUCUUUUGUUUAUAAAAGUAAUAGUCUUCACAGAAUAAAGUGCUCUUAAACUCUUAAACAUUUCUCACUCAAGCAGAUUUUUGUGGCUUAUUUAUGUAACUUACUGUAACUGUAUUGGUUUCCAUAUUGUGGUCCUUUACAGUUGAGAUUUUCUGAAAGCUGGAGUAUGCUCUGUGUUCUCUGUUUCCAGACUAUCUAGAAACUGCUUGAAUUUCUGCCUGACUGGAAAUGAGACAGACUAUCCUGCUGACACUUGCUAUGUGGUACUAUAGAAGUAUUGUUUCUUGAGAAAGUAAGCCCUUGAGCUGAACUGGAGAAAGCUGAAUGGGGGCGGGGGGGAAACAAGAACAAAGUUUUGGUGGUAGUUGCAUAAACUGGCAAUGAACUGGUAUCCAGUCUUAUGUUCCCGUUUAAGCCAGUAGAUAUUUUAACACAGUGUUAGAGAAAGCUAAUGCCAGUCUGGGAGUGAUGUUGUCAUGUUCUUACCCAGCAACCUCGCUUGCCUGUGGGCACCCACAUCUGAGCAGGUCACCACAGGCUCCUUUCCUAGUUAGUGGAGGAGGGUAGGUGAUUUCUAGGCAGAUUCAUCAGACCUAUUUUGAGGUCUGUACAAGACUAGACUUUAGAGUGCAAUGCUUUUCACCCUGGAGUUUUUCUUCUCCAUUUAAUUGAAAAGGGAACCUAGAUAACUAGUUCAAAUGUGAACAACUGUUUUUGGCCAAAUGAACAUCUAACUAUUCUGGGUUAGUGUAUAUCUUGAAAGAUUUUCUUUUCCCAGUUGGCUGUUAAUUCCUUGCCCUUUGGAUUGACCUGCGGAGGCUGGAACUUGUAGGCUCACUUGUUUGAGAAUGCUAUAUAGCUGAGACUUUUCUGUAUUACUGUAGUGCCUAAAACUUUAGGCAGGAUUUUCUAGUGGGGAGAAAAAAAUUAUAUAUAUUGUCUAUGCUGCCCCAGGAAGGACUUGAGUCUCAGAAUUGUUUCUUCCCUUUUUCCCCCUUGCUUUGUGGGGAAAGUGAAUUGCUUCCAACCUUCUUCUGGCGGUGCGAGUUGUUAUUUUUCUUCUUCCAUCAGUGCCUGGCUAAAAUUUAUGGACACUGAAGCAGCAUCAUAUACUAGUGUCAUGCACUUGCUCAUGGGACAGGUGAGAGAUCCUGGACACCUGCUCCUUGUAACCCUCAUUGGCACAAACCAGGCGAGGUUAAUACAGUUGGAUAAGGGCAUAAAGAGAUGGGAAGUUGUUCUUUUCCUUUGUGUUGUGAAAACACAGGAAUGCAAUUCAACAGAAAAUUCUGUGUACAGGAAAGUUCUGUUGCAUUUGAAUGUACAUCUCACUUACUAUGGAAAGCAUUUCACUUCAUUGUCAUUGUAAAAAUACGAAGUAAGAUUUUUCAUGUUAGAUAUCUAGUUGAAGCAAUUUUCCUGUCACCUUUUUUUACUGUAUUUGAUGUACAUUCUUUGACUAUGCUGCCUAUGAAGUUUUGUCAUGUGAAUCAGAUGACUUAGUUCUUUAUGUUAAAAUAAAUUUUAGCAAAUUACAGAUCUGUUUUUAUAUUAAAGAAUCAGGUUAGUUACACUGUUCAUAAGCUGUAAAUUAUUUUAAAUUCCAGCUUCCUGUUGAUGGAGAAUCAGCUUGUCAACAUUGUCUGCCAUUCAUUUCAGAGCAAAAUUACAUUUCCUUGUACAAAUUACACAAUGAUUGUAAUCAUAGAAGUAGUGAGAAGACAAAGCCUCCCCCUCCCCCCCCCCCCAAAGUCAUGAAGACUCAACAAAAAUGGUAAAAAGAUUUGGUCCAAACUGCAUACAUAAAACGUAAGGCACUGUUGUUGAAAAGCUUGAUCUUCAGUGCCUGAAGAGGAAGACAAAAAUAUAAAUUGAGAAAAGUAAGAUAGACUUCUGUAAGCUGGAAUAAUAAAAGUGUUUUCCCACUUCAGCUGGUCAUCUGUGCUAUAUGUCACUGUAUAUGCAUGAAAUACACUGUGCCACACUUUCUUGAGUUGUGUUUUUGAUGGUUGAGUCACCUUUAUCUGACCUUGCUCUGUGCUAUUCUGGGAAAUGACCUAUAAUAUGUUGUAAAUAAGCUAGAUGCUUAUGUUUAUAAACUAGCAAUCAGCAACUCAUCACUUUACAGUUCCUCCUUAUAUCUAGCCUAUUAAAAUGAUAUUUAUUAAAAUCAAUGUUUGAACUGCUUACUGAGAACUAAACACAUUUCUGAAUCUUUGCUAUCUGUUUGAAUCUAUAAAAUGCAAAUUAAAGUAUUUUCUGCUACA